CCUACCUUGCAGCAUGGGUGGGCGUAACUCGACGGUGCCCUCGACGGCGGGCUUGAGCCUCUCGUCCGGCAUCAAGGCCUCGCAGCGCAGCGGUAUCUCGGGGCGUAUUUCGUCCAAGUCGAUCAACCUCUCGCGCUUCUACAAGUCGGAAAACGAGAUUGCCAUUUCGGCGUCGGAGGCGAAGGAGCCCGAUUGGAAUGUCGUCUUCAAAGGCGAGGUCGCGACGCCGGACGAGUACCAGCAUUACAUGCCGCCCAACAUGCCGCUCUGUCCGACGUACGAGACAGCGUAUCACGCCGAGUGCAGUCGCAGCUGGAAGAUUCUCUGCAAGGGCGGCACCGACAAGAUGCGCGAGCUCAAGAAAGAUGGCAUCGUGCUCUUCUACGACGAGUUCUUUCAUCGCCUCUUUCAGCGCGACCCGAGCUUUGGCGAGAUCUUCCCAGGCAUUCGCAAGCGCAUCGAAGUGCUCAUCAAGGCCAUGAAGUUCAUGCUCGGCGAAAAGAAACUUCCGAACGACCUUGUCAUGACCCGCAGCCGCAACCUCGGGUUCCGCCAUCGAACGAUCCCGCUCAUUCGGCCACACCACUUUGCCAUGUACACGAGUACGAUGCUCGAGGUCAUCAUGUACUGGCUUGACAACGAAGCGACACCCGAUGUCGGUGAAGCGUGGGGCAAUCUUGUUGGCUUCCAUCUCAAGUACCUCCUCCAAGCGUAUUUGUACAACAACGUCAACUACGACGAGUGGAGCCAAAACACGGCGAUGCCAGUUGCAAAGUC